AUGACGGCCAGGGAACUUCUUUUGGACAGGGAUAAUGUUGUAAACUUUUCUCGAAACAGCUCUCAAUAUGGAAGCGGCUCGCGAAUUUAUAAUGGAACUUUUGGCGCUAGCUCGUACUCAUCCAGCCGAAACGAUCACGACGCUGCGAAGAACACUCAGUAUUUUCAAGAGCAGCAACGGAAAAACAAGCGACGAACGGAGCAGUGGCACCGUGCGAAUGCGCAGGCUGAAAGACUUGCAAUGCAGGAACGAGAGCAACGUCGGGAAUGGCAUUUAUUUGAUCAACAACGUCGACGGCAGCACUCACAACAACCAGAACCACACUUUCAUCCAACUCGCCCUGUUCAAACUCAGCCGACGUCGCGGCAGCAGCAACAGCAGCAACGAUCGCGAGAACAAUGCGCGCCUCCACCAAGCUACGCUCAAGUGUCGCGCGAUCCGGACGAUGAUGAAAAUCAGGGUCGUAGAGAGCCUUUGCGACGCAAACGAUCUUUGCGAGAAUUGGUUUUUGGGAAAUCUCCAAAGAAGAAAAGCCCUUCAAGCGGCGCAAAUGUUCAAACAACUCAACUGCCCAUGGGAGAUAUCGUAAUCGAUUCUGGCGAUGCCAAUAAUAACGAACCUUCACCGCCCAAUUACGAUUUUACUGAGAAAGGAAGCCUUACUUCCAUUGCAGAAGAAGAGGAGCCCUUGACAGAGGAAGAACAAGCAGCGAAAUGGUUAGACACCAACUAUUCUGCUUUGCCUGCUACGUCUGGCUCUUCUUCUUCGUCUGAUAGCGAUGAUGAAAUUGAUCCUUCGACGCUGAUUGAGCUCAAAAAGCUUAAUCCCAAGGUUGAAGUUUCUUCAAUCAGUGAAAAACCCGUGGCGCCCGCAUCUGUGGUACAGACGAAUCCUCAGUUAAGUCAUCUCGUGCGCAAAGGUUCGAUUCGACGUAAACAACCCUGCCCUGCUCAUCCUCUGGCUACUCACAGCGUCGAUAGCUCGUCCUUUCAAUCGAAGGCGGUCAAAGAAGAGCCUUCCGUUGCAGAUGAGGAAAUCGAUCCGGCUGUCGGCCCGACGAAAAAACCGCCAAAAUCUACGGUGUAUGCGGAAGAAGACGGUGACUCGCCAACCUUUGUUCAGGCUGUCGGCAGCCUUCGCAAAAAAUACGAACUCAUGAAGCUAGUUAAUAAAGAUCUUAAAAUCCAGGACGUUAAUUUUCAAUAUGAGCCUGGUCCAAUGAGUCCGAUGUCCAAGAUAUUUCAAGAACGACCUGUUCAAGAAACACGAAUUUGGGGUCCGCCGGGCCGCAACGCCGCUUCAGCCCCAAGAAAAGAUCAACCGGAAAAAAAGGGCGCCCUGGACACUACCGGCAAACAUGAUUGCCCUUCCUCUGCUAAAGAGACUUCAUUUAUUCCCGUAUCGCUCACGAAAGAAGAAGGGAACGAAUCGAUGUCUUUGGCAGAGCAAAAAAUUGACCUUGAUGAAAGCGCUGCCUCUUUUCAUAGCGCAAUUUCAAUGCCGUACGACUCCCCGGUUGAAAUUAUGAAGAGCUUCAAGUCAUACGAUCGAUUUGGCAAAAGUUCUGACAACUCCAACCACUCCGACGAUAUCAAAAUCGUCGACGAAGUCGAAAUCAAAGUGGAAGUUCCAAAAGAGCAUCCAAAAAUCGAAAACGACGAAGAUCUUCCCCGAGCUCCUGCGUCGGAGCCUGCUUCAGUUGACGACGAUGUUGACAGUGAGGAAUACAGCGACGACGAUGUUUUCGAAAGCAUUCCCCAAGAUCGGCACGUAGUUGUGACUACUACAACAUCCUCCGUGUCAUCGUACGCGUCAUCCCUUCUCUCCCAAAGCACGGUUACAACGACAACGUCCGGCUCCUCAGUCUCAAGCGGACAGUCGGGGUCGACUUCAUCCAGUGGCUACCAAUCGUCCGACCCUGCCCCAAAAGGAGACACUGUUGACGUUGAAAAUGAGCUGAUCGAUGGCAAAAAGAGCAAGAGAGUCAAUAAGUCUGCGCCAACGUCAAAGACGACAAAAAAGAAAAACACAGCGGAAGCCGAAGAGGAACGCCCACGACGUUAUCCAAAGCGCAGCUGCCGAAAAACUGAUCGAUUUAGCUACAACCAUGGCGAUCUUUUUUAA